AUGAAUACGUUUAAUGUGAACGCCAUCAGCAAUUUCUGGACAAUUAGGGCUUUUUUGCCAAAUAUGUUAAUCAAAAAUAAAGGACAUAUCGUAACGGUUGCGUCGAUUGCCGGUAAAACAGGUUUCGUUCAAAUGACUGAUUACUGCGCUUCAAAACACGCCGUCAUUGGACUCAACGAAAGCCUUAAUUAUGAGCUUUUGAAGCACGACAACAACCAAAUCAAAACCACUAUAGUUUUGCCCACAUUUUUCAAUACAACUCUUAUAAAUGGUGUGACACCGAGUUCAGUCAUCAAGAUAUUUGAUGCCGACCGAGUGGCCGAUCUUACCAUCGAUGCCAUACUUACUGAUCAACCCAUGAUUAUAAUCCCA